ACAAACUAAAAGUCAACAACGUUUUAUGUUAAUUAAUAAUUUACUUCUUGGUUGCUUUGGCUCUUUGGAUCGUUGAAUCCGUUGAAACGUUCUAACAUCCGUUGCAGCAUCACUUGGGUCCCACGUAACGUAACUGUGGGGCCCUUGAUCUAAAAAUCCUUACAACUCCUCGAAACCAUUUCUUCCUUUCCCCGUGUCUGGUUCUCGAGAUCAAAAUGCUCAGUUUGUGAAAGACAAGAAGAACAAAGAAGAUGGGGAAGAGAUGGAUUUCAUUUGUGACAUGUUUUUCCCAGACCCACGAUAAUGAUCAUCAGAAACCCCAGAAACCGAAGAAAAAAUGGUUUGGCAAACAAAAGAGCAUAGAUUCUGUUGCAUUGGUCCCUGAAGAAAAACCAUCCAUCGAGCCUUCAACCACCUCCCCGCCUCCUCCUCCACCGCCGCCGCCGCCGCCUCCAGCUGCCGACCCACAGCCGUCGCUGCCACCACCGUCUCCGCCGCCUCCGCCACCCCCUAUUCCUUCCACGUCAGCUCGUCGUCCUGCGAAUGCGGCCGGAUCUAUCAGAUCCAAAGAUGAGCAGACCAGACAAGCUCUGGCUCUCGCGACAGCGGUGGCCGCAGAAGCCGCAGUCAUGGCCGCCCACGCUGCCGCAGAGGUCGUGCGUCUGGCUACGGCCACGCAUCAAACCGGGAAAUCACGGGAAGAAUCCGCCGCGAUCAAGAUUCAGACAGCCUACAGAUGUUACAUGGCGAGGAGGACGCUGCGGGCGCUGAGAGGAAUGAGCAGACUGAAAGAGCUGUUGAAAGGGCAAUACGUGAAAAGGCAAGCGACGGCCAUGCUGCGUUCCAUGCAGACGCUGACGCGUUUACAAACGCAGAUCCAAGAAAGGAGGACUCGCUUGUCGGAGGAGAACAAGGCACGGCACAAGUUGCUUCAGCAGAGGCAACAACUGAAGGAACCACAGCAUGGGACGACGACCUCCUCGAUCCUCGCGGGGGAAUUUGAUGUCAGCAACAAAACGAAGGAGCAGAUCGAGGCACGUCUCAUAUACAGGAAAGAAGCCGCUGUCAAAAGAGAGAGGGCUUUGGCUUAUGCCUACAGCCACCAGCAGACGUGGAGAAACUCAUCAAAACUACCGCACCAAGUGCUGAUGGACCCAAACAACCCGCACUGGGGGUGGAGCUGGCUUGAGCGGUGGAUGGCUUCCCGGCCAUGGGACCCUCAGACUGAACCACGGAACACUGAAGACCAAACCUCCGUCAAGAGCAGUUUAACCCGUGAAACCACCAGGCCGAGGGUGAGAAGGACGGCUAGCCAAGGAGCCACCCAAUUGCACGUCGAAAACGAUCCCAAGAACGUCCAAAUGCAACGGGCCAACCGUAGGCAAGGCCUCGGAGGUGGCGGGUCAUCAUCCGCGGUCAAAGACGACGAAAGUGUCGGCAGCUCUUCGUCGUUCCAAAGUUCCUUGGGUCCCAAGAAAGCUGCCGCCAAACCUAAGAGCACUGUAUCAUCGGCCACACACAGCCUGAGUUCACAGAAGAAGAAGAGCGUGGAUGAUCAGAAGAGGCCAGCUGUGUUGGCGAAGAAGCGGCCUUCGAUCUCUGCGUCUUCUAGAACGUUUACGAGGGCGUUGUCGGAUUCGAACAAAGCCAUGGAUGUCUCAAAUGGAGAGAAGAGGAGAAGCAGAGGCGAUAGCAGAUAGUCUGAAGAACAAAAGUGAAAGCCUGAGUCGUUUCGGCCUUAAGCAUGAUAUUCUGUAACCAAAAAAAAAAAAAAGAGAAGGAAAA